AUGAAGCUUCUUGCAUCUCAUAAUGAUGCUUUACCAAAUGAACUACAAAAGUUAUAUAACAAUCAAAGGUUCAUGUGUGAUGAUGUCAAACUUUACCAACUUCUUAAGAGAGAUGACUUAUAUAUAAGAAAAAAUACAGAACUAUGGACAAUAGUGCACGAGUUAGUAACUGAUCCAGACAUUAAUGUGAAUGAAGAUAUUGACAGAAAAUAUGACUUGAAUAGUAAUAGUGCACCAGUAUUGUUUCUUGUUGUUGAAAACUAUACAGGAUAUGAGACACCAAUUGCAUUCAAAGUAUCAAAUAAAGAAAAUAAUCAUACAAUUAGACUUGCUGUAGAAGCAGUAAAAUGA